GCGGUGUCGUCUGUCGAACAAGGUCGAGCUUGCCCCGCCAUGGUCUUGUCCGCGACGGCCGUCUUCAUACACUACAUAACAAGGUAAGGACACCUCAGUCUCCUGCCUCAAUCUCAUGGUCAUAACUGGAAACCGCGAACCCUGUCUCUGGCCAUCUACCACUUUGCCAAUUAAGGGAGCAGUUUCGAGGGAGUCUGAACACCAAGGUCUUUUCUCCAUCCGCCUCAAACACCUUGUCAAGGCUUAAACUUGAUCAUAACUGAUUCGAAUCCCCACGAGCCCCGCUACGGACCCAAGAAGUAGCCUGACUUGCUGCUGUGCCGCCUACGUUACAUAAAAUGGACGACUGGGAUUUGCCCAACGACAAGCAAUGGGCCGCCAAAUACCUCCUUGGUCCUCUGUAUGACCCGGAGCCGAGUCAAGUCUUUGCAACUCGCUUCAAACCUUUGCCUUCAACCCCGCCUGAUUCUGUAAACCCACCUCGCCGACGCCUUAGCCAGAGGAGCCGACGCUCCCAGUCCGAAGACGCAGACGCAGACGAGAAACAGCCAUUCCUCACUCGUCUCCUGAGCCGAAGCAACACUGUAAACAGCAAGCCGAGUCUAAACAACAAGCCUCUGCCCCGUCCCCCUCCCUCUCCGCGCUCCAAAUACCCCCCAUUAUCAGGUCUGGAUCGCAAGCGAUCCGUUCAUACCGCAAACCCUCCGCAGACGCGCUGGAACCAGGGCACUGUGCUAUUCAGGGCGAACAGCCUCAGUACCCCUAGGCCUAGCUCAGCCGCAAUGGCAACCGCGGUUAACCAAGCCGGGUCCCGUCGACGUGCUGGCUCUCUCGCCGAACGCUACCCUGACGAGAGCUCCCGCCGGACCCCGGACAUGCUUAACCAAGAGCACAGGGCAAGAGACAGAGCAGACACGCUCCCCCGCCGAUCCGCCUCCCUGAGAGAGCGAUAUCCCGGUGACAUGUCCCACAGGCCCCUGGAAAUGCUGAAGCGAGAUCAUCGGGCCGCCGAUCGGGCACCCCAUCUGCACAAUCACCGGCGCCAGCAGCCUAACGAUCCCAUUGACUCGCUAGACGUUACAGGACCCGUACCAGGUGUAACAUACCAUCAUGAGGGCCCCUUUGACCCUACCAUGAAGGAACGUAACAACAAGCCCUUAGCCCCUGUAGAAGCCGUCAUGGACACCAACUUGGAGGCUUUGAAGGCAACUCCGCUCGAGUAUUUGAAGGACUCUCUCAUCAAGCACGUUCCGCUGCAGGGGACCGCGGUUGUCCCGCCGGGUAUGAGGGACCUGGGUGGCCGUGUCAUGGACUACCAGGAGGGACCAGACCUCAUGCGAGAGAGUGACGCACCCGGCGGGCCGUACAAGCGGUGGGAGCAACUGCGUUAUCGGGACGAUGACCUCAAAGGCAAAGGCGAGCCCGCCUUCUCCGACGACCAACGGCGGCGGGCCCGCGGCAAGCAACGCGCAUCCGCCUCUCCUCAAAACGGGACCGUGUACUACGAGAUGCAGACUCCCCUCCGUUUCACCCCAACCAGAGCCGUUUCCGGCAGCGGAAAGCAAAAGCAAGGCGGCAAUACGUACGUCCGUCAGCGGAGUGCUAGCAGCGGCGCUGAGCUACUGCCCCAGGCUUAUGCACAUGAGGACUCGGCUUCCUCUGGGCUACAGCGGAGCCGUAGUAGUGCUGGCGAGAGCCUCGCCCAGACUCUGAAGAGACGCUUUGGUAGUUUGAGGAGGAAGAAGGUUGCUAAGGAGGCGGGGUAUUGAGUGCGGACCUACGAGACUUGUAUAGACACCAGGCGUUGAGGGUUUGCUUUGUCUCACCGAUAGAUGCAUGGAUAGUGUGUUUCUAAACGGAAGAGGGUAGUAGUAUAUGACUUCUGGAAUGCCAAUAGACACGAACAUCAUAGAUGAAUGAUCCUGAUUCGGAAUCUUCAAAGGUUGCGUACCUUUUUGUAGACCAGCAGCCCAAGCCCAGCAUGAAA